CUUAUCUUACCGACGAACAUGGACUGUGGAGCUUGGCCGCGAUAGCACUUGUAUGAUAGUUCGACAGACAACUUCCCAAGACGGUGGGACGGAUCCAUUCUUGUGCGACUUACAACCUACAAAAGGUCGUCGGUUUCCACCUGCAUAGAGAAAGAAUCGUGAACGAAACUCCACCCACGCUAGUCCCGUUUGGGUCUUUUGGCGGUUAACGUUCACCAUGCCAGUGUUUGAGCGCCCGCAUCUCAAGGUCGAGCAGCCAAAGUCGGCGUUUGCGGAGGGGAAUGCGCGAUGGACCAACAAAGAUUUAGACCCCGUACCUCGACAUGCAAGGAAAUGGGGGGUGACCUCAAUCAUAGCAUAUUGGAUAUCUGAUGCUUUCAACGCUGCCACCUGGCAAUUCGCCUCGGGCAUCAUUGCCAUUGGCCUUACAUGGAGAGAAUCUCUCGGGGUCGUAGCCCUUGGCUUCUUCAUCAUUUCCUUCGUUAUUGCGCUGAAUGGCGCUACUGGAGUUAUUCACCACGCACCAUUCCCCGUCCUAGCUCGUGCCUCCUGGGGCUUUUGGGGCUCCUACAUCGCCAUCAUCUCACGCGCCAUCCUCGCCAUCUUCUGGUUCGCCAUCCAAACCAUGAACGGCGCCAACACAAUCCGUGUCAUGCUAGGCGCCAUCUGGCCCUCCUUUCUCACUCUCCCAAACCAUAUCCCCGCGUCUCAAGGCAUUGAGACCAAUACCAUGGUCUGUUUUUUCUUGUUCUGGCUGAUCCAGAUUCCUUUUUUGUACAUGCAUCCGAACAAUUUGCGGUGGUUGUUCAUGGUGAAGAGUGUUAUUGUGCCGAUUGCCUGGGUCGCAAUCCUGAUCUGGGCGUUUGUGGCGACAGAGGGGGGAAGUCUGUUUGAUCAGAAAGCGACGAUUCAUGGGAGUGCGUAUUCAUGGGCCUUUUUGUCCUCGCUCACCUCAGUUAUUGGGAAUUAUGCUACACUUUCUGUGAAUCAAGCCGAUUUCUCCCGCUACUCCCGCGUCUCCGUAAAAUGGCAACUCCUCUACGUCCCCAUGCUCCCCAUAAUAUUCACCUUCAUCUCCUUCAUUGGCAUCGCCGCCUCCUCCGCCGGCGCCGUCCGUUACGGCACCCUGCAGUGGGACCCCAUGGCUCUCAUCGCUAACUGGACCUCCCGGUCCUGUCGUUUCUUUGCUGCAUUCUCAUUCGCCCUCGCCGCCCUCGGAGUCAACAUCUCUGCUAACUCCCUCUCGGCUGCUAACGACCUCACAGCGCUAUUCCCGCAAUACGUUAAUAUUAGAAGAGGCCAGCUGCUGUGCGCAGUGAUAUGCUGGGCGCUUGUACCAUGGAAGAUUUUGGCAUCCGCAGGAAGUUUUCUUAAUUUCAUGGCGGCGUAUGCGGUUUUCCUUGGGCCUAUUGCUGCGAUCAUGGUCUGGGAUUUCUGGUUGAUCCACCACCGCAAAUACAACACCCUCGCACUGUACCAACCGCACUCUAUCUACCGCUAUACCGGCGGCGUCAACUUCCGCGCCGUCAUCGCAUUUCUCGUUGGCGUCGCCCCUAACCUCCCGGGUUUUAUCAAUUCGAUUAAUAGCAACAUCGACGUUGGUGUGGGAGUCCAUCCGUACCAGUUUGGCUGGCUGCUUGGGUUUGUGGGAACGAGUAUUGUGUAUGUGGGUUUGGCGUAUGCGUUCCCGCCCAAGGAGUCGAUGAUUGAUAAGGCGGUGUUGCCAGAUCAGGUAUAUGAAGAGCAGGGGUAUGAUAUUGAGGGUGUUUCUAUGGAGGGAAGUGGGGGUGAGGAGGACGGGAGAGAGAAUAGGGGUGAGAAGAGGGGUUUUAAGGCUUGGGCCGAGAGAAUGCUGUAGGUGGAAAGAGGGGAGGCGGAUGGCGGUGGGGAGUUGGUAUAGGGCUAUAUCUUGA